UUUAAUUUAAUUUUAAUUUAAUUUACUUAUUUUAAGAAAAAAAAAUAUUAAUCCCAAAUUUCCUCCCUUUACUUUUCGCUGCCGUGGAUCAUUUCCAUUCCUAAUUUUCUUCCAUACGAUUUCGCUGAACCCUACUCGCAUUCUUACUCCAUUCCUAAAUCUCUAAACAUUUCUUAAGUUGUUGAUCAAUCUGUAACCAUGGCGAGGAAGAUGCUGAUUGAUGGAGAGCUGGGCCAAGACGGUGCUCAUUACGACUUUGACUUGUUCGUGAUUGGUGCUGGAAGUGGCGGUGUUCGUGCUGCCAGAUUUUCGGCGAAUUUUGGAGCUAAGGUUGGGAUCUGUGAGCUUCCAUUUCAUCCGAUCAGCUCAGAAGUGAUUGGGGGAGUUGGUGGAACUUGUGUUAUUCGUGGUUGUGUUCCCAAAAAGAUUUUGGUGUAUGGAGCUGCUUUUGGAGGUGAAUUUGAGGAUGCUAGAAAUUAUGGAUGGCAGGUGAAUGAUAAAGUUGAAUUCAACUGGAAAAAGCUUUUACAGAAAAAGACAGAUGAAAUAACCAGAUUAAAUGGCAUUUACAAACGCCUGUUGUCCAAUGCGGGGGUUAAAUUGUUUGAAGGGGAGGGAAAGAUCGUUGGUCCAAAUGAAGUUGAGGUGAUACAAAUAGAUGGAACUAAAUUGUCCUAUUCAGCCAAGCACAUAUUGAUUGCAACUGGCAGUAGGGCCCACCGUCCUGAUAUUCCUGGGAAGGAGUUGGGUAUAACAUCUGAUGAAGCAUUAAGCUUAGAGGAGCUACCGAAGCGUGCCAUCGUGCUUGGAGGAGGGUACAUUGCUGUGGAAUUUGCUUCAAUAUGGAAAGGGAUGGGUGUUACUGUUGAUCUCCUUUUCAGGAAGGAGCUUCCGUUGAGGUUAUUUUUCAAGCUUGACCCAAUUAUAGCUAAUUGACAUGGUUUCAGGAUAUAAAUAUGGAGUUGACAGAUUUGAACCUUCUGAUUUAUUUUCAAGGUUUUGAUGAUGAAAUGAGGGCGGUGGUUGCAAGAAAUCUGGAAGGAAGAGGUAUUAAUUUGCAUCCAAGGACAAAUUUGUCAGAGAUUAUUGAAACAGAGGAUGGCAUUAAAGCUGUCACUGAUCACGGUGAGGAGUUGGUAGCAGAUGUAGUCCUUUUUGCCACUGGCAGGAUUGCUAAUACAAAGAGGUUGAAUUUGGAAGCUGUGGGUGUUGAACUUGAUCAAGCAGGAGCCAUUAAGGUGGAUGACUACUCACGCACAAACAUACCCAGCAUAUGGGCCGUUGGUGAUGUUACAAAUCGAAUGAAUCUUACACCUGUAGCCUUAAUGGAGGGAACCUGCUUUGCAAAAACUGUUUUUGGUGGACAAUCCAGCAAACCAGACCACAGCAAUGUACCUUGUGCUGUAUUUAGCAUACCACCACUUUCAGUUGUCGGUCUUAGCGAAGAACAAGCACUAGAGCAGGCAAAUGGUGACAUUUUGGUUUUCACAUCAUCCUUCAAUCCAAUGAAGAAUACUGUAUCUGGACGGCAAGAAAAGACUGUGAUGAAGUUAGUUGUUGAUGCUGAGACAGAUAAAGUUCUUGGGGCCUCUAUGUGUGGACCAGAUGCACCUGAGAUUAUGCAGGGAAUUGCUGUUGCACUCAAGUGUGGAGCGACCAAGGCUCAAUUUGACAGCACGGUUGGAAUUCACCCAUCAGCAGCAGAGGAGUUUGUGACCAUGCGAUCACUCACAAGGCGUGUUUCGAAACCAAAGACGAAUCUAUAGGGUAUGAAUACAUGAUCGGUGAAAGAAAUUAUAGAAAAGUAGACAGCUGAUAGAGGCUAUCUUCAGUUGAUGUUCUCAUAAUAAAUGGUUGUUCCGUUCUGUUGUUGAACUUUUCUCUAGAAUUAUAUAGGUGUUCUAUAACGAAUCUUUCACCGCAUCAUAUACUUUUGGAUUAGCUUGUCUUUCUAGUAUUUGUUAUGCAAAUUAUUUCCCAUGACCUCCCACUUGUUCCUUUUCCAAAACUCCCUCUGGGAUUCCAUGCAUUACAUUUUUAAC